UCCUGCACAGGCCUGGCACACAGUAGGUGCUCAAUAGAUGUUUGUGGGAGGAAUGGAUGAGUGCCAACUAUGUGCCCAGCCUUGUGGGAGGCACUGGGUCAAGAGGAGAGGGCCAUGAGAGCCCUGAUGCCUGCUCUGGCCACCACGUCCCCUCCCCAGCGCCCGCCCGUGUGCAACCGCUCUUCUCCUCCGUCCUCCGUGCUAUUUAUGUUGGAACAGACUGAAGCAUCACGUGAGCAUCGGGGCUCCUGUUCUUCGGGCCUCUAGAUAAUUAUCGGGCCUUAUUAAACCCUUAAUUAUCCAAGCGGCUAAUCAGGCUCCUGAAUAUAAGGGCUUCCUCGUCCCAGGGUCGGGAGGCUGGGGUCGGACAUCUGUGGGACGUCCCCGCGCGCGGCAAGGUAAGGACAGGCCCCACCUGUGGAGCUCUCCCCGGAGUGUCUUAUCCAGCCCUGGCAUUUAACAGACGAGAAUAUUGAGGCCCAGAGAGGGGAAGGGACUUGCCUGAGGUCACACAGCUACCGAGUGGCAGGGCCAGGGCUUGGAUCUAUGUCCUGACCGCCACCUCGUGCUCCCUGCUUGACAGGAAGCCACAGGACAUGGCAAUCUUCAGCUGCUCUAGGACUCAGGCCAGAUCAGGGAGACAGCAGAUCUGAGGGGCCUCCCGGGGCUCCACCUGAGGCUGAGGGAAGACCAGGGAGGUGUGUUUUGCAGGAGCCCAGAGCUGAGCUGGGGCAGCAGGAGUUGGCGGAGGUGGGGCAUCUAGGGGCAUUUGCCAGGCAGAGAGAGGGAGGAAGGCGGAAGGAAUUUCUAGGGGUGGGAAAACAUGUGAGUGAAGGAUGGGGUGGGGGCAGCAGGAAACCCUCGACCUGGGUGGGAUGGAUUAGGUCCACUGUCAGGCUCAAACCGUGAUCUCUGAGGCCGGGGGCGUUGGGGGCUCCCUGGUAGAGGAGGCAAGGGCUGAAAUUAGGACUUGAGGGAUAAGCAGGUUCUGGGCCAGUGGAGGGAGGCACAGGUCAGGCGAAAGCACAAGCACGGUCAGAACAAAACCCUGGCGAGAACUGUUUGUCCCAGAAACACCUGCACAACCAUGUCACCCCGAGCCGUUCACUAUUCUAAGAGGGCAGGAAAUCCUGCCCAUGUGGCCUUAACACCUGGUGUCAGUUCCAGCCCAGGAAUGGGGAGACUGGGUGGUCUCGGAGCUCAGGCUCCCCAACUGGGAGAUGGGCUGGGGCCGGAGGAGACCUUCGCCAAGCACCUUCCGGCUCUGUGGCCCUGCCACUGACCUCCGUGCUCCCCCCGGGGAUGGUUUUCAGAGAGAUUUGGCACCCGGCGUGCCUGCGUCCGGCAUAUGCCCAUGGCACACACGUGUGUGUUCAUAGGGGUCGAGGAAACACCAAGAUGGAUGACUUUCAAGACGAGACAGAUAUGUAAAAAUGGAAUGGGAUGAGACAGAAGUGGAUCACGCUUUCAUUUAGCAAAUAUUGACCGUAGGCUUGAGUGGUCCCCCCUGGCUUUUUAUAUGCCGGCUCCCUCCCACCCUUUAGGUCUCAGCCUACAUAUCUCCUUUCCUGACGUCCCUCCCCCUUCUCGCACACACGCUAUAGCCCCUUCGAUUGCGUUAAGAUUCAGGAGGAGCAGGACUGUCUCUGCCGUGUGUAGCCCGGUCUGCCUGGCACGGGGCAGGCACUCAGUAAAUGCAAGCUGAAUGAAUGAAUGAAUGAAUGAGUGAAUGCACACAGGCAUGGGCUCAGACUGGGGAGGCAGGCCCCCAGUAGGCGUGCAUCUCUGUGGAUCAGUGGAGCCCUCUGUGCUCGAGGCUGCUGGCAGCAGGAGUCCAGCUGGAGCUCCCCACUCUGGGGGGUCUGCCGGCCCCUCGGGUCCCUCCUUGAUUCUUGCAGCCACAGCUGAAACCGGACGCAAACGCUCGGCCUCUGGUUGGAGAAUUUCAGGUCUUGGUGGAGCCAUGCUGUGGAUCCUGUGUCUGGGCUUCUGCGGCCUGCUGCCCCGCACACAAGCUGACCCCGGGGCACUGCUGCGGCUGGGCAUGGAUGUCAUGAACCACGAGGUCCAGAGUGCCAUGGAUGAGAGUCAUAUCCUGGAGAAGAUGGCAGCUGAGGCGGGCAAGAAACGGCCAGGGGUGAAACCCAUCAAGGGCCUCACUAACCUGAAGGUGAAGGACGUGAAGCUGCCUGUCAUCGCACUGAGCUUCAUACCUGGGGUGGGCAUCUUCCAGUGUGUGUCCACAGGCAUGACCAUCACUGGCAAGAGCUUCAUGGGUGGGAACAUGGAGAUCAUCGUGGUCCUGAAUAUCACAGCCACCAACCGACUUCUGCAGGAUGAGGAGACAGGCCUCCCCACCUUCAAGAGCGAGGGCUGUGAGGUCAUCCUGGUCAGUGUGAAGACCAACCUGCCCAGCAACAUGCUGCCUAAGGUGGUCAACAAGUUCCUGGACAGCACCCUACACAAGGUUCUCCCUGAUCUGAUGUGUCCAGCCAUCGAUGCAGUCCUGGUGUAUGUGAACAGGAAGUGGGCCAACCUGAAUGCUGCCAUGCGUGUGGGCCAGAUGGGCACUGUCAAAUAUGUCCUGACGUCCAUCCCAACCGCCACAGCCAACUACAUCCAAGUGGACUUCAGCCCUGUGGUGCAGCAACAGGAGGGUAACGCCAUCCAGCUUGCUGACGCCAGGGAGGUGCUUGAGUUCCCCAAGGACUACGCUACAGGCUCCUCGCAGCUGCUGCUCUCGGCCGCCUUCCUCACAGCAGAGCUUGCCCUUCUGCAGAAGUCCUUUGAUGUGACUGUCCGGGAUAGGAUGAUUGGAGAGCUGCCCCCACAAACCACCAAGACACUGGCUGGCUUCAUUCCUGAAGUGGCUGAGGCCUAUCCCAAGCCGAAGCCCUUGGUGACCCAGAUCAGGAUAAACAAGCCUCCCAAGGUCACCAUGAAGAUGGGCAAGAGCCUGCUGCUCCUCCACGGCACCCUGGAGAUGCUCGCUGCUCGGCGGCGGGGCAGGGCUCCCGUGUCCAUCUUUCUCUUGGAAGCUCACUUCAACCUCAAAGUCCAGUACUCAGUCCGUGAGGACCGGCUGCAGAUGGCCACCUCCCUGGACAGAUUGCUGAGCCUGUCCCGGGUGUCCUCAUCGAUUGGCACCUUCAAUGAGAAGGAACUGACGGGCUUCAUCACAGAUUAUCUCCGAGAAGCCUACAUCCCAGUCAUCAAUGAUGCGCUCCAAGUCGGCCUCCCGCUUCCGGACAUUCUGGACAUGAAUUACAACCUGGCAGAGCUGGACAUAGUAGAGAACGCCCUGGUGUUGGACUUGAAGCUGGACUGACCGGGCAGGAUUCGCCUGCCCGCUGCCUGCACACCACCAACUGUCUGCGCCCUGUGGAGGAGCCCCGACUGGAGCUGGGGGGCCCGGCCCUCUCCCACUGCAGCUGCUUCCUUUGAUAAGGAGUGAGCUGGCCGGCCUGGCUGGGGCCUUGGCAAUAAACAGGAGACAGGCCCUUACAAACACCUGAUGCUUCGAGCUCUUAAUUUGUAGCAAAUCGACAUGUGGCUUUUCUUCCCUUUUGGUGGGAUUUGGGUCUAAGACCAGCUUGGGUCUGAGGGAAGCUGGUCACAGUCUUGGGGGCAGGCUUAAGCACAAAUUGAGCACCUGCUGAAUGCCCUGCUCAGGGCUUUACUUGCACCAUCUCAUUUUAUCCACACAAUAACCCCAUGAGGGGAGGGCAAACUUUGCCAUCCCUGCUUUACAGAUGAG